AGAGGAAUAAAAAAAUAUAUUAGGAAACAACAAUUUGCGUGCAUCCUUUUGUUUUCUCUACCGAUUAAUUUCUCUGGUGACCUGGAAGAACCGAAAAUGGUAGAAACUCCGACAAGAUACCGUCAUCCGAUUUCUCCAUACAUGUAACCGAUUUUCAUAUCUCUCACACAGCAAUUAAACCCUAGCUUUUUCACCGUAUACAAAAAUCAUGGUGUUAUGGGAGAUAACAUUAGGAACAGCGUACUUUUUAGGAUUAAAGAGGACUUACAAACUCGCUCUCAAGAUUCAACGGCGUCUUGUUUCUCAUAAACACCCUAAGACCCGUCAAUUUCUUCAAAGGAAAACACGCUCCGUAUUUGAUGUGGCACUAAAGGUUCACCGAGAGGUACAAAAAAGAGACAUCGAAGUAGGUAGAAAUCUUGGAAACUGGAUCCUAAGAUGGCUGGACAAAAUGAAACCCGCUGCGCAGAUACGUGAACGAAACCAUACCAAAACCGACAACACUAAAGUCAACCCCGCGAAAAAACAUUUGACCGACAACCGUAACCAGAAGCCUCCACAAAGCCAUGAAACAUCUUACAUCAAAAACAAGGAUCAUGAAUCUCCCGGUAAGCGUCAUUUUAGUUCAAGACAAUAUUGUCAUGCAGCAUAUGCAACUGUCGGUAUGAUGAUGAAGCCGGUUGGAGGUAAUACUCAGUACAGACGGUUCAACACUUUUGAGAUGAAAAAUACAAGAUUAGGGUUUGAUGGGGUGAUUCGGAAUGAUAUAAUGUGGUGGAUGAUGCAGAAAUAGGGCGUGAAAGAAGUAUAAAACCAUGUGAUUCUUACCUGUUGGUGUUGUUUAUUACAAUUUUUGAGUAUAGCGGUUUGAGAAGUUUCGAAUGAGAACGGUUAAAUAAUUAGUAAUCAAAUGAACCAUUUUUUGAUAUUUGGAUCAUGUUUCAAUGGAUGUUUGAAGACAAUGUUGGAACCAAGAAUCUGUACUGGUUCGAUGCCAAAAUGGACUCAAAAUGAAGUUUUUGACUUUGUGAUGUAAGACAGUUUUUUAGAGUCA